ACACGCGUCUCCAUGGCAAUGAAGGAGCAACAAUCUCCGUUCUGCGGCAUUCUCGAGGCAUGAGUGCUGUCGAUGCAGACUUCCACAAGUACGACCUGUCGCGUCUGCAGGCGGAACUCAGACAGGAAAAAGAAAUGAAGGACAUGCUGGAGGAGUCUGUCUCCGACCUGAGGGGCACAAUGCGGGAGCUGCAGGAGAGACUGCAUAGUGUCGAUGGAGAAGGUAACGAGUGGAAAACCAGAUACGAGACCCAGAUAGAGUUGAACGGACAGCUGCAGAGACAGAUCUCAAUGGUGCACGACAAACUGGAGGAUUUACGAGGAAACCCAAUGGAUCGAUUGGCCUCUGUUAGAUCCUACGAAGACAUGCCAUCAGAUGCACUGCAGCAACGCUUGAAGCUUCUGACCAAUGAGAAGGCCGAGCUCCAAAGCCACCUGAUGGACUGUCGUGUUGGCAUCGAGGAAGAAGGGAAGGUUCGUGAGGGGGUCUGGUUCUGCUUGUGAAAUGAUUU